GCUUUUGUUGUUGGUGGAUCGUCCGUGCGGUGCAUUCUUUCUCGCCUUCCAUCGCAGUUUUGUCGUUUUCGUUCGCGAUUCGAUUCCCCAUCGCUGUCCCGUGUGCGUGUGUCACUCCAGCCCACCAGCAAGACACAUUCUGCCUGCCGUGCGUAAUCGAAAAGACGGAUAAAAUCGAGCAUCCGGUGGUGCACAUAUUCGGAAGAGAUUCUGGUGCGUUCCGACGACCGAGUGUGGUUUUACAAACAUCGCGUCGCGGUUUUCGCGGAAUCGGUGGUGCUUCUGCUGACAGAAGCGUCGUGCGGUGAUUCAGAAAGUGGCAGCUGCGAAGAAAGUGUGUGCGGAGGAGUGCAAAAAAGGGAAGAAAAAACGCAGUGGCAGCAGUCAGCAGUGCAAGAUCUGGCAGCGGAAAAAUCGAAUUUUUCAUCCCCAUUGUUGACGUGCUGGUUUCGAACGGUACCCGCUACGGAUUCUCAGCAGCUGCGGGAAGACCCUGGUGCGGAUAGGCUCACUUUCACCGUCGCCUCCAGGAGAUUGUUCUGCGGGAAAGUACUUCGAACCCGUAAAAGUGUUGGCGAUUUUGUGUGUGGGAUUUUUGCUCCUCUGCCUGAGCUGCGCUGCUGUGACAUUUGGCUUUUUAAGGGAUUGGAUUCUGUCGACGAAGGCAAGCGGAACGACGACGACGACGGCGAAGAUGGGUGAGCAUUCGUUGCAGCAGCCGCAGCCGAGUAGUGGCGGCGAUCCGCACCAGCAGCAGGCCGGAGGCGAAGGAACUUCAACGACGACGACGACGACGUCGACGGUCUCUCGGCAACAGUUGGAAGGGGAAUUGCGUGACAUCCGGCAGCUGUUGUGGGGUCCCGUCAUUCGGCCGGAAGUGUUCCGACGGUGGUCCCAGGGAUUCGAUUUCAGUGCGUACGAACCAUCGGCGCUGGUCCAGCACGACGGCGGACCCUGUUGUGUAAUCGCUCCGGUGCAGGCCUAUCUGCUGAAGAUUUUGCUGAUGGAAACACCCGGACACAGCUUCAGUGAUCUAACACCAGACAAAUGCAAAACCCUGCUCAUCCAAGCCAUCUGCCAGAUUCUGAUGAAGUGCAAAUCCUCCAAGUACCGGAUCGUUAGCCUGCAAGCUCGUCAGACCGGCAGCGGUCCGGGAGGCUGCUCCUCAUCCGGCAAAGCAACCACCUCUGCCGCGGAAGAGAUAGAGGGCGAUGCCGAAAUGGUGGACGCCCUGGAGAACCUACCACCGAAUGAGCAAGUGGAACUAGGGGUGGAUGCGGCCUCAACGACGACGACAGAAGCUGCUUCGGAUCUGGUCAAUCAGAACACCAUGGAGGAAGGGUCGGAGGGGAGCGGAAGUGGCGGCGCCGGAACCAGUCCGGAUCCGUUGAAUCCGGAGACGUUCCACCAGAGGCUUUGCGUCAGCGAGCUGGAACAGAUCGAUGACGUCGAGAAGUAUUACGCCAGCAACUUUCACGUGCUGGCCGAUGAGUGCGGAGUGUUGCUGCUGUUGUAUACGGUUCUGCUGACGAAGGAACUUGAUAACGUACUAGGUGAAGUGUCGGAUACAUCGGAACCGCUAAUACACGGCACGUACGGUUACGGCAGUCAGGCACUGAUCAAUCUCAUGCUAACCGGGAGGGCUGUUCCCUACGUUUGGGACAACGAACAGGACGUCGGUGGCUUAAAACUGAAAGGCAUCACGCAACAGUCGGACAUCGGAUUCAUCACGCUGAUGGAGCAGAUGCAGUACUGCACGGUCGGGUUCUUCUACAAGAACCCGAAGAACCCCGUCUGGGUGAUGGGCUCGGAAACGCACCUCACGGUCCUGUUUAGCAACGAACGGCGGUUAGUGUCGCAGGAAACGAACAGCGACAUGGCCAGGCGGGUGUUCCGGCAGUUCGACACCGAGGGCAGCAACUUCAUCCCGAGUCCGCUGCUGCAGGAUGUGCUGUGCGCGGUGGAUCUCGUUAGCGAUCCGGAAUACGUGGACCUGAUGCGCCGAAAGCUGGACCCGGAGAGCCUCGGGAUCAUCCUGCUGAACGACUUCAUGAACGAGUUCUUCCCGACGGAGCAAAAGUCCGUCCCGGACACGUUCGACCUGCUGCACUACAACGGCAUCCCGAACUCGAACAGCGACAACCGGGUGCGCUACAGCAAGGGCCAGGCCAUCCAGCUCGAGAGCGACGUACGGAUGUGCAACCCGUCGGAUCCGAUGCUGACCUGCCUGCAGACCAAGUGGCCCAACAUCGAGGUCAACUGGAACGAUGCGCGGACACCGUCGCUGAAUUGACCGCACUAGAGAGAGAGAGAGACGAGUGCACGCCACGUUUGUUUGUUCGUUUGUUGGAGGUACCCUCGGACCUGAUCGAAGAUCUGCCUCUGCGUGGAUAAACCAAAAACCUCCCGGAAUUUUUUUCUGUUUAUCGGGACAGACAACUUCGGUUACAAGUGAUGAUUGUAACGGAUGCAACUUCUCCAAAAUCUGUUUUAAAGCGAAUCCACAUAGACAUAUUUAUCUCACACUCACACAGUCAUACGCAGUUGAAGCAACCAAUCACACAAACUAAUCUACAGAAUAGAAGCAAAAAAAGGUUUUGAAUCGGUCUAACAUGGCUUCGCAAGAUGAACUGAGUGAAUACCGUUCGAUGGACUGAUCCACCGGUGAGCUAAAUUCACUCGGGACGAGAAUUGCUGACACUACAGCGAAGUCAUUUCCAAUCAAAAAUUCUGAUUGAAAAUGGCCCACUCUAGUGUCAAAGUUCUCGCACGGAGUGAAUUCGGUUCACCGAUAGAUAAGUUCAUUGUAUGUUGUUCACGCAUGAGUGUUCAUUUUCAAGUGAAUGGAUCAACCUUUUCCCUCAACGAAUGCCAAACAUGAAUAUCGUACAACAGCAUAAACAUACGAAUUCAUUUUUGCCGACAAGCUAUAGAUUCAUUCGGUUCAUCGCGUAAUUUAAUGUUAGACUGCUACAAAAUUCAAUAAAAACUAACUCUGACACAAAGUAGAGAACUUAACGAAAUAUGUAGAAACAACAGUUAGCACAUAAACAACUAGAAACAGAAAAGCGAGUUCCCCUUAUCUACUACUACAAUUACCAAAAAAAACGACAGCCAUUAUAACCAAUUCUCAAACUUCUCAGAAUAGUAAAUAAAACCAAACAACAGAUCAAUCAUUUAGAAAACAGAAGGAAACAAAACCAGCUGAUCAGAAAACCAAUCAACGAGAAACAAUACAAAGAAAAGGAGAGAUGUAGAAAAGAGGAAGCAGAACCGCUGCAACCACCCUCAGAGAAGCGACAAGUGACCUGCGAAACAGAAACGUGUGAAUGCAAACCAUGCGCCGAAGAAGGAAGCGAGGCACUGGAAACAAGGACAAGGGGCAACAACCGAGACAGGGAGAUUUGUGUGUUACUUAUUGGUUUUAGCACCCCCUAGGCCCAAACACCUUCUUCCUUCUCGAAGCCGCCGGAGAUAUUAUUGAAUUCCAUUUCCCCCCUGCAAACGUAUAUAAUGUGUAGACUUGACCUUAACUGAUUGAAAAAAAAAUAAAAAUAAAAAUGGAUAAACGCGCGCGUAGGAUUACAAAUUAGAAGAGACAAGAAAUACGACGAAACGAAAUCAAAGAAAACGUACCCGUUGGAAUGAAGCGAUAUAAUAUAUAUGAUGAAGAAUCACAGAUACCUUA